GUGGCCCCCGUUUCGCUCGCCUGCCUUUCCCUAGGUCCGCUUUCCGGGCCUCUAGCCAAGCCGGGAGGGAGGCGAAGGUGACUGAGGCUGCGGCGGCGAAGGCGUAGGUGGGGAGUGCGGACGCGGGGGCUGCGUGCUCUGGGAGCCGAGGAGCCGAGGUGCGGGCGGGGGGAAGCAGCUGCGCCGCGGUUGCCUUGAACCCACCCCCCACUCCACCGCGGCCACCCCCUCUCUGCUGCCCACCCCCCCCCCCCUGCCCAGACGUCUGAGCUGCGCAGCUCGGGCCUGCCAAGGGAGCCAAGCCACCGCCGCCGCCCGGCCUCGUCCCGGCCCAGCCUUCUGCUCUCGGGGGACAUGCGGGAGAGAGAAUGAACCAGAGCGACACGUUGGUGCAUCUGUUUGCUGGAGGGUGUGGGGGAACUGUUGGAGCAAUUCUAACAUGUCCACUAGAAGUUGUGAAAACAAGGCUACAGUCCUCCUCUGUGACACUCUACAUCUCUGAAGUACAGCUGAACACAAUGACUGGGGCUAGUGUCAACCGGAUAGCUAGAGUCUCUCCUGGACCUCUCCAUUGUCUGAAGAUGAUCUUGGAAAAAGAGGGUUCUCGUUCUUUGUUCAGAGGAUUAGGCCCAAAUUUAGUAGGAGUGGCCCCUUCCAGAGCAAUAUACUUUGCAGCUUAUUCCAAUUGCAAGGAAAAAAUGAACAAUGUAUUUGAUCCUGAUUCUACCCAAGUUCACAUGAUCUCAGCUGCAAUGGCAGGUUUUACUGCAAUUACGAUGACCAACCCCAUUUGGCUCAUAAAAACUCGGUUACAGCUUGAUGCAAGAAACCGUGGAGAAAAGCAAAUGAGUGCUUUUGAAUGUGUCCGUAAAGUGUAUCAGACAGAUGGACUUAAAGGAUUUUAUAGAGGCAUGUCUGCUUCAUAUGCUGGCAUAUCUGAGACUGUUAUUCAUUUUGUUAUUUAUGAAAGUAUUAAGCAAAAGGUACUGGAACAUAAGACUGCUUCUAAUAUGGAAGAUGAGGAGGAUUCUGCAAAAGAACCUUCAGAUUUUGUGGGAAUGAUGUUGGCUGCUGCCACCUCUAAAACUUGUGCCACAUCUAUAGCGUAUCCACAUGAGGUUGUAAGAACAAGGCUACGUGAAGAGGGAACAAAAUAUAGAUCUUUCUUCCAGACACUAUCUUUGGUUGUUCGAGAAGAAGGCUAUGGGUCUCUCUACCGUGGUCUAACAACACAUCUGGUCAGACAGAUUCCAAACACAGCUAUAAUGAUGGCCACCUAUGAACUGGUCGUCUACUUACUCAAUGGAUAGCAGUAUUUUGCUGCAAUCCUAGGAAGGGGGAAGACCAAAAGAUUGCAGUGGACCAUCGAAUGUCAGAGCCAGCUUGGUGGACAGAAGAAAAAUCAUUCGGGAACAUAUAGCUAUGCCCUAAAAGGAUGAAAGGUGUAGGAAUCAAUGCAAUCCUGCUACCUUAUUUGACCUUUUUGGGUAAUGUAACAAAACCUGGGGCAGCUCUUAAGGGAAUGCCUUUAAAUAUUCCAUUUUUCAAAAUUGCCAUUUUCUCUAAUAUGCGCCCAACACAGUUAAAUUCUGAUUCCUAGUAAGGUGGGAGUGUCUAAUGUUUUUACUCCAUGAGUACUUUCCAAGUGAUGCCUCCAGUAAACAUUAAUUGUACUUUACUGUUAUCAAAAGAUAGAGUUGGAUACAACCCGGAUUUCUACUUGUAUGUGUUCAACUCUAUAUUAAAUUUUGAGUUAAAUUUUAAAAAUUAUGCUUCUGAGUACCAUUUCCAUGUUAUCUUUUGAUAAGGUCAUCAGAUCUUGUGGCCUAAAAAUGAACUAUUUCUCAGAAUAGUCAUCUAUAUGGUAACUGGUAAAAUGUCUAAAAAGGAUAUAUUGAAUCCUUUAAUAUUCAAUUUUUUUUUAAUUUCCAUUUGUGCCAGCUCUUGAUUUUGAGCAAAAUGAGCCUUUUAAAUACCUCUGUAGUAAAUACACUUCAAGUAAUAGGUAUGCUUUCUUGCAGCAGAUUAUGGAUCCACCUAGGUUGAUUUUUUUUUUUAAUGAACCACAGAAAAAUUGAUUGUUGACUAUUUUAGUGAAUACAUUAUGUCCUGAAAUCUUCCCUACAUUGUAAUAUAUGAAAACAAGAAAUAAGAUUCUUUCAAAAAUAAUUUGCUGGACCUAGGUGUCAUUUAAUUCAAGGGGAAAAUAUUUUAACACUUCUGAAUUUUGUUGUUUCUUGUUUUUAUGGCUGUGUCCCUAUAUCUUAAGAACUUGAAACUUUGAUUUCUAGCACAAUGCAGUCUUCAUCUAGUUAAUGGAGAAAAUGGUAAUUAAGAAUGUUUUAAAGCAUUUCCCUUACAUAUUAUAUCCCUUCUUUUUAAAGAGCAAUUUUGUGUUAAACUGUGGCAACACAAACAUUAAAAAGGGGCCCCUAACAUCUGACUUGCAGGUAGUAAUUUUAUUGACUUAGUUUUGUAAAUGAUAUUUACAGAUUGCAUUUGACAAGAGAAGUUCAUUCUGUAAUAAUUUACUGAGUGACAAAUUAUAAGAUAUUAAGGUUCAAUGUGCUAACAGUAUGUAGCUUUAUCAUUGCUAUUAGACUUCUCAAUUGCACCUUUUAAUACUUAAAUACGGUUUAUAUCUAUGUGGCCCUUGACAAAGAUGUUUACUAUAAUUUUGUCAGCAGACUUCUCCAUAUGGAUGUUCCUGCACUGGUUUAUAAAAGAGUGCAAUUAAUCUCCAGUGUGACAUUUCAGUAUACAUAGGACUGUAAGUUUUGUGCAAUGGCUUUAUCUUAAGAACGACUCCUUAUGCACUUUGUGGCCUUUUUUGUGGGCUGGAAGGGGGGAACCUUGUGAUUUUUUUCCUUGUUAGGAUUUUAAAAUAUUGGUAAUGAAUAUUAGACAGUGUUUAAAACAUAAUUUAAAUUGUUCACAAAGUAUUUUUUCCUGAUUCCCAUAUACUACAGGAGAAACUAUGUCCCAUCUAUUUACUCAUGGAAUGUGUUGUAUAUCAUUUUGGAGUUACAUAUGUUAUAUAUAUAGUUUUUCUUGUAAAAGCUUCUGAUGUCCUCUCUUCGUUGGUAGUGUCCUUCCUACUGAGCAAUUUCAGUGAGCCGUUGCAAGGUUCAAUAUAGAAAUGUUUGAUAGCAGUUUUCCUCUGCUAUCAUCAGUGAAGCACAGUGAUCUCCUAAUUUUCCUUUGACUUUAAGAACUGGACGUUUCUGAGGUGCUUGGAUUAGAAAAUAGAGUAUUCCAGUCUGUUUGGAAACAAAAAGUGAAUUAAAUGUAAUAACAAUUAAUAUACUUUGAAGUAAUUUUUCCUUUGAUGUAUUUAUUGAAAAACACUGAAAAAGAGGGUUUUCUAACUCAGAUUCAUAGACAAAGUCUACAUCAUGAAUGUAUUCUAACCUUUCUGGUGCCACGUAUGCUACCUAAUUACAGUGCCAUAUGUCCCAUGAGUGAAACACAAACACUAAUUGAAUUGAAUGUGGAACAGAGGCUCCUCCAAUCAUAAUGGGAUUCAACAAAUAGCUAAUUGAUAAUAACAACAAAAGUGAUAGCUAAGCAAAACCUUAGUUACUUCAAAUUAAGAGAUGAGUGCCGUUUAAGGAUUAAAAACAAGUCUAAUCCUGUAUAAAUCAAAUUUGCUUUUAAUGCAUGCAUACAUACAACUUAGUAUUAUUUAUGCAACAAAAAAGAUAGUGUGACCUUUUACUAUAUUGUACUAAUAAGAGAACAACAACAAUGAAUUCUAAUUCUGAUUGAUCGUUCUUAUUGUCAGAUUUUCCAAAGCACAAUCUCCAGAAGGUCAGUUUAUGUGUGGAGAUCUGUUAGGUUAAAUUAUGUAUGAAAUAUGUAUAUAAACAUUCUGUUUACCAAAGGCCUGUUAAAAGUUUCCACCUCUUUUGGUUUUUAUUGAUUUUAAAUGUAGAAACAAUUUGUCAUGGUAUCAGAGUUUUUGAAAUAACUUUUUUUCCCCCAUGUUUUACCAUGUCUCAUAUUCUGUCAUCCAUUUGCCAUUAGAUCAUAAAAUAUGACUUCUGGGAUACAGACAGCCAAUUAGCAUUCUUCAGAAUGUACCUAUUUAUAUGUAACCCUCAUGGAAAUUUAGUAUAUAUAUAUAUAUAUGUGUGUGAUUAUAAGUGAAACAUAAAUCCUGGAAUAACAUUCUGUAGUACUCUAAUAGAACAGUAGAUGGGACUCUAGUAUAUGCUGGGUCAUAGAAACAGAUGCCAGAGUUUUAUUGUCCAAAGUUGAACUUUAUUAGUUACGAUCAUGGUAUAUGAAUCCAUGAAAAAACUGUACCACCAAAAGCUUUUUCUUCUCAUUAUGGAUAAGACUUUGCAAAAAAACCUUACAAAGAGUGGCACCCCAAAAAGUAAUAACUUGAAACCACAAUUAAAAAAUAUCAAUAGAUUAUGUAAUGGCAUUGACUCCUUAUAAAUCCUGAUACAAAAUAUGAAACAGCGUUAAUAUAUUAGGACCAGCAGAGUUUGGGUAUGAAAAAUGGUGUUUAAUCUACCUUUAUUUGAAGUAUAAGUAUUUCUUUAAAGUUUUUAAAAGAGACUUAAACUUCGAAAAAAAAAAGACAAUUCAUGUAUGUUACAAUUAUUAAUUUUUUAAGUUAAUCCAGCCAAGAUACCCCUUCAUCUUUUGGCAUUUUUAGUUGUUCACAUGACCCUCUCCAAUUCUAUUAGUACCAUAGGGAUGCCUUUUGUGAUAGCACAUUUCAUCCCUUUCCUGUUCCAGCAUUGAUCAUGACUUUUAACAUUCCUGAGACAUUACUUCCAAAGAAUUUAAAUUGGGAAAAGACUUUUGUAUAAAACUCUUUUAAAAUGAGCCCUGAAAUACCAUUGGGUAAAUAAUGUAUUCUUUCUUUCUGCCCAUCCCAUCCCCUCUUGCCUGUCCUUCAUGUUACUUCUGUGCUCAUUUUUAUACUAGUCCUUCCAGGACGUAAAAAUUCUAGUAUCACUUAUGAGUUUGUAUAGCUUUUUUUUCUUUACCCCUACAUAUGUGAAUUUUAAAAUUAUGACCCAUCAGUCAUAUCUAAAUAGUCGACUCCAUGAAAGUUGAAAUACUUUGACAUUCUUGUGAGGUUUACUAUUCUUGCAUCUAUGUAAGUGGCUGUAAAUUGUGUGCAUAUACUCUAUAUUUAUGUUAUCUAGCUGACUUUUAUUUGGACUGUUAAAAUUCAAAAAUUAAAAUGCUUACGCAAAUA